AUGGCCAACGAAUCCCAAAAUGAGACUGAUGUAGAUAUGGACAACGAGGCGCCCUCGCAAUCAAUAAUCUUCACACCUCCCUCAGUCAUCCACACUACACUUUUCUCCGGCGAAUCAUACACACAUUUCUCUCCAGUCCCGCCAUCCCUUCUCCCAAUCGCACCGUCACUACCUGCCCCCUCAUCCUCGUCUCCUUCUCCAAAAGAACCAUCAGCGCCCGCCCCCUCAUCCUCAACUCCGCUACCCAAACCACCCGCUGGACCACCAUGCGCUCUCGGCGUUGACGAAGCCGGGCGGGGUCCCGUCCUCGGUCCCAUGGUCUACGGCGCAUUCUACCUCCCCGUCCCCCUCUCCACGCCUCUCCUCUCCAAAACCCACCACUUCGACGACUCCAAAGUCCUCACCGCCGGCUUCCGCGCCCAGCUAAUGGAGACCCUCUGCACCCCAACCGUGCCGCCCGCCCCCGAAACAUCCCCCGAUCCAAGCAGCCUCUACGAUAACUGCGGGUGGGCCGUCUCAGUCCUCUCUGCACGAGCAAUCUCCGCCAAUAUGAUGCGGCCCGCGAUGUACAACCUGAACGAGCAAGCUAUGGAUGCCACGAUCCACCUUAUCAAGACGGUCUACGAGAUGGGCGUCAAUGUGCGGGAAAUCUACAUCGAUACCAUUGGCCAGCCUGGCCCGUACCAGAAGAAGCUCGAGCGCAUAUUCCCUACCGCGUCUAUUACCGUGGCGAAGAAGGCGGAUAGUUUGUAUCCGUGUGUCAGUGCGGCAAGUGUGUGCGCGAAGGUCACGAGAGAUAGGGCGCUGGAGGUGCUGUAUGAGGCGUAUGGUGGAUCCAACGAGGAUGCCGCGGGCAAAGAAGACGUUACAAUGGGUGACUCCGAAGACGAACCAGCGCCCGAAGCAGACUGGGGGUCCGGCUAUCCAUCAGAUGCUCGUUGCUCGACCUGGCUGAAGCGUAAUAUCGAUCCGGUUUUUGGCUGGGGCCCUGAAUGCCGCUUUUCCUGGUCGACGACUAAGGAUUUGUUGGAGGAUAAUAAGGCUAUGGCGGCUCAUGUGGAUUGGCCGGCGGAGGAGGAUGAGGACACGCAUCGGGUUACUGAUUAUUUCAGUGCUGAUAGUGGAAAGGAGCAGAAGGCGGAUGACGAACUUGGCAAUUGGUUCGGUAGGAAGGCUGGUGUGGAAGCAUUCUGA